AUCAAUAAUUACCGGGUCAACCCGAAACCCAUAUUUCUCAACUCCAGCCCGCACUCAAAUUUUGAAUCUCUCUAUUCAUUCUUCGUCUCUUGGGUAGGGUUUAAAAAAUGAUUCAAAAGUAUCAAAAAUGAUAAUCACUAUCAUCCACCACAUCACCCACCACUCUUUCCCAAAUUAGUACACACACUUUUCACUCUUCACUCUACAAUCACCCCAACCUAUACAUACAAAUCUCUCUACCUAUACUUACACGCACCUUUACAAUGAACGAUCCGGCGAUGUUACUCGCCGCCAGCGCCGGCGACACCGUCAAGCUCUUCGAUGUGUCCGCCGAGUCCGGCGAUCGGUGUUCUUUGAGUUACUCUCCUUCUCCUGGAUUUCAAGUCAAUUCUGUUAAGUGGAAUCAUACUAAUUUGGUUGUGGCGAGUGCGGGAGACGAUAAAAAGAUUUCGCUGUGGCGGAGAAAUGGACAGAGUAUGGGGACGAUUCCGUUGGCCGGCAACGAAGGAAGUGAUAAUAUCGAGGAGUCUAUUUCUAGUAUUAGCUUUAGCAACAAAGGAUCAAGAUACAUCUGUUCUGGGGGGAGCGGUCAGGUUGUAAGAAUAUGGGAUUUGCAGAGAAAACGCUGUAUCAAAUGGUUAAGAGGACAUACUGAUACCAUAACUGGUGCAAUGUACAAUUGCAAAGACGAACACCUAGCCUCUAUCAGUCUUGGCGGGGAUGUCAUAAUACACAACCUUGCUUCUGCUGCAAGAGCAACUGAGCUAAAGGAUCCUAAUGGACAGGUUCUUAGGGUGCUUGAUUAUUCUCGGAUCAGCCGUCACCUUCUGGUGACCGCUGGUGAUGAUGGAUCUAUUCAUCUAUGGGAUUCAACUGUUCGUAGCCCAAAGGUUUCUUGGCUGAAGCAGCAUUCUGCACCAACUGCUGGUGUCAGUUUCUCACCAACAAAUGAUAAGGUAAUUGCCAGCAUUGGUCUGGACAAAAAGCUUUACACUUUAGAUUCAGGGAGCCGGAGACCAGUGUCUUGCAUUCCUUAUGAGGCACCUUUCUCGUCAUUGGCUUUUAGAGACGAUGGAAACAUAUUGGCAGCUGGAACAAGCGGUGGGAGAGUGGUAUUUUAUGAUGUCCGUGGAAAGCCACAACCUUUCACUGUUCUUCGUGCUUAUGGAAAUUCUGAGGCAGUCACAAGUAUGUGUUGGCAAAGAUCAAAACCGGUGAUUGUUAACGAACAUAAUAGCACUGCGGACACUGCUCUUCUGGGAGUUUCUGUAGAUGAUUCUGUACUUAUGCCUGACCCGCUUCCUUCUAUGUCAUCUUCAAACCAUUUAUUAUCCUCAACAUUAUCAGGAUCUCGGAUUUUGGGUCGUCCAGGUCCCUCUCCAGAAUCAUCAUCCUCAGUAGGAAGUUUUGGGUCUAUGUCGAGCACUUUAAAUUUCCCUUCCACAGACGAAUCACCACUUCGAAGUAGUUUAUGGGCCGGUGGAGCUCUAGGUAGAUUAAAAGCAACUCGCUCUUACAACUUAAAGGAUGAAAUGGAUCUAUUCUCCCCACUUCAGGAAGUCAAGCCCAUUACACCAACUCUUGAUAAGCUCUGGGAUGACAACUUGGGAACUAGGAAAAAUUAUGAUAGGAAAUCUUCUCUGGCAUUUCCUUCAUCAAUAAGAUUUCCUUUGCCGGAGGAAGGGAAUAGUGAUCUUCAUCCGAUUUCAGAGUGGAAAUCUGGUUCUGGUUUAAAUUCCAAGCAGGACGACGACCAUUCUUCCUUUUCACAGUUGAUAUCCACUCCUACAUCUUCGAUGAGUGGUGACUCUUCCUCCAUAACUCCUCCUGAAGCUUGGGGUGGUGAGAGAUUGUCUGAUAAAUUCAAUCAUGCACGUCAGUCAGUUACAGCCUUUCCUUCUAGAUUUGCAACACUCUCGUCUACUAGUAUGUCCUCGGGAUCAAUGUUUUCUGGAUUGCAAGAUCUUAGUCUGUCUUCAAGCCAGAUGAGUACGAGUUCUCUAGUAGAUGCACAACUUGGCUUGGCAAAUUUACGGACAAAGGAGAUCACUUCAAAUCAAGACGCCAAUGUAGGAUUAUCUGAGCAUGUUCCCUUCAAUUUUACAUCUCUUUCCCAAACUGCAAAAGGAAUUCCAGGGCAGGCUAACCUUGAAAGUCUUCCUCCAAGAAGAUUCUCAAGUUAUGCCGAGAGAAUUAGCACCACUCCAUCAUUCAGUGAGGGUGCAUCAAUGUCUGUGGGUUCACCUAAAAUCAAGAAAACAGGGACUGAAACUAGAGAAGAACUUGUGAGUAGCAUGUUGUACAGAUCUGAUGUUUCAUUUGCUGCUGAAGCUGGAAAUAUUCCGUCCCUAAAUGGUGGAAUUACACAAACCCAAAAACCUAUACCACAGUCUGAGUCGCAGCAGGGGAGUUCCUUUACCCUACAACUAUUUCAACGCACUCUAGAAGAAACUCUUGCUUCCUUCCAGAAAUCAAUUCACGAAGAUAUGAGAAAUCUUCAUAUAGAAAUUAUAAGACAGUUCCACAUGCAGGAGAUGGAGACAAGUAGCGUAAUGAACUCAAUCCUGGAAAACCAAGCAGAACUGAUGAAAGAAGUUCAAUCACUACGCAAAGAAACACAGCAGCUUCGCAAUUUAUUAUGAUACUCUAGCCUCAAUUUGCAGAGUCAUUGUAAGCUAAUUCUCCCAUCUGCCUGAUGAGUAAUUUUUAUAUUGUUUGCCGUCUUUAUUUUUGAUUGAAGAGAAUGGUCUCUAAGUGGAAUGGAAGUUCCACUCAACAUUGUAUUUGAGAGAGUAAAAAAAAUGGAAAAUCAUUCAGAAAAACUGACACAUGGCCGACUUAGGAUUAGUGUAGAUGUGGUUGAUUGGGUUAGGCAGGACCUUCCCUCCGUUAGAAGCCUCAUGUACAGAUUUAUUUUAUAAGCUUGAAAGGAAUCCUUAUAUUAUUUACUGCAGCUAUGUUAUAGGCUUAAUUUUGGAACAUUGCACAUUAGGUGAUAUAAUUUGUCAUCUAACUGAGAGUUCGUGUAGCACAAUUUUUACUUCAAUAUAAGAAAUGUUUGGCUGUC